AGGUCCUUUCCGGGUAUAGUAUUUAGCCAUUACCAAGGCUGCUCCGCGUUCACACAUGAGCCAUGCUGCACAGUGAGCGAGCUGUUCCUCCAGUCUUAUGGCGUGCAGUGUCUGCUAUGAAUGACGCUGGUUAUUGGCAGCCAUUCUUCUAGUGGUUGGCUCUACUCGCAUUCAUCCUAGGCCUGGAGGAGAAGUCUGUCACAGCUAUAUGUUACAAUGCGGCCUUCAUCAUUACUUUUGCGCCUCAAUAUUUGGAACCCUAAGUUCACAUCUGUGCGACUGCUAACAACGGCUGUGGGGAGAAGCAAGUCAGGAGAUGACCUUCCGACCUUUCAGUACGUUGGGCACAAACCUAGAAGAAAGGACCGUGUUUUUGUAUGGGGCUUCUCUCACACGGGAGCAUUGGGGAUCCCAAGCUUUGUAGUACCUGACAAAGGGAAGAAAAAGCCGAAACAAUACCAACUAACUCCUUAUAGGCUCGAUGUGGAUGAAAAGAUAUCAUCUGUAGCCUGUGGUUACGGCUUUACUCUAUUAUCGUCCAAGACAAGUGACGUGACAAAGGUGUGGGGCAUGGGGUUAAAUAAGGAUUCCCAAAUAGGAUUCCAUAGAAGCCGAAGAGAUCGAACUAAAGGUUACGAAUACAUCCUGGAGCCAUCACCUGUACCCCUACCUCUGGAGAAACCACAGGCUACACGAGUUCUGCAAGUAUCUUGUGGCAGAGCACAUUCCCUUAUUUUGACAGAUAAUGAAGGAGUUUUCAGCAUUGGGAAUAAUUCCUAUGGACAGUGUGCAAGACGAAUUGUUGAAAGUGAGAUUUACAGUGAAAGCCAGUUGAUUCACAGGGUAAAGCAGCUUGACAGCGCAGUUGUCCAGGUUGCAUGUGGACAGGAUCAUUCUCUAUUCAGGACAGAGCGAGGAGAGGUUUAUUCCUGUGGCUGGGGAGCUGAUGGGCAAACAGGUCAGGGACAUUAUAACAUCAGCAGUAAACCUACCAGGCUGUCUGGUGAUUUGGUCGGUGUGAAUGUUGUGCAGGUAGCCACUUUUGGAGAUUGUUGCCUGGCAGUAUCGAGUGAAGGAGACAUUUACGGCUGGGGAAAUUCUGAAUAUUUGCAGUUGGCAUCUAUAGCUGAUCUCACGCAGGUCAAUGUUCCACAGCUCUUACCAUUCAAGAAUGUUGGGAAGGUGAAGCAGGUGGCUUGCGGUGGAACUAGCUGUGCUCUUUUAAAUGAAGAUGGACAUGUCUUUGUUUGGGGUUAUGGCAUUCUCGGAAAAGGACCAAACUUUACAGAGUCUUCUGUACCAGAGCUAAUUCCGCCAACGCUGUUUGGCUUAAAUGACUUCAACCCAAAUGUGAAGGUGUCCGCGAUCUCCUCAGGCCUCGGGCACUUUGCUGCAAUAACAAAUAUUGGGGAGCUGUUUGUUUGGGGUAAAAAUUUGAGAGGCUGCUUGGGCACUGGAAGACUUGAAGAUCAGUAUUUUCCAUGGAGGGUAACUGUUCCUGGAGAAGUGGUGGAUAUAGCUUGUGGUGUCGACCACAUGGUAGCACUUGUGAAGUCACUUAACUGAUGAAAAGGGGAAACGGUGGCUUCAUUGUUACAUAUUUUAUUUGCUGUUCCUCAUGUUGGACAUAUAAAAUCUUCCUGUAUAAUCAUGUAAAACACAAGGAUGGAACUCGGCCCCGACAGUGCAGCGCCUUUUAGUCAAUGGGCUGCGUUUAUCGGAUAAUUAUAGUUUUCAAGGUACUGUAAAUGUGAAGACUUUUAUAAUAAACCACUUCAGU